UGUUGGUGAUAUCUUGGUUCCAAUAAGCUCGUUUUAGACCGGCCUUAUUAAGAUGUUGAGUCCAUCAGCAUCUGUCUACAGGUGCCGAUAGCUGAUCCUCCCUGCCGCGCACGCGCGUCAAUGGCGCCGCCAGUCGCCGGCGUCGUGCGUCUUGCCGCGGCCUCCCGCGUAUUAGUUCUGUCCCUCUACCUGCUCGCCCGCCUCCUCUUGCGCCCCUACGACACCUCCGCUACUCUCCACCCACCCUGCCUCUCCUCUUUCUCCUCUUCCCCGGAUCCCAACACGCCCGUCUCCGCCGCUAUCUCGUCGCUGGCCGUGUGGGACGGUGUCCACUUCGCCCGCCCCGCUGAGUGCGGCUACGAGUACGAGCAGUCCUUCGCCUUCCUCCCACUCCUCCCCGCCUCCCUCGUGCUCCUCGCACGAUUGUUGUUCGCGCCGCUAGUACCGAUACUAGGGUACAGGGCCGUGCUCGUGCUCUCCGGCUAUGUCCUCAACAACGUCGCAUUCGUUGCUGCUGCGGCCUACUUCUACAGAUUGUCUGUGCUGAUUUUGAAGGACCAGAAAGCUGCUUACCGAGCAUCUGUUCUGUUUUGUUUCAACCCUGCUUCUGUGUUCUACUCAUCAUUGUAUUCAGAAAGUCUUUAUGCACUUUUUUCUCUUGGGGGCAUCUUCUACGUGUUUUCCGGUGCUAAUACUGUUGCAGUGAUAAUGCUCGCUCUGUCUGGUUCAGCUAGGUCAAAUGGAGCACUUAAUGCUGGCUAUUUCUGUUUUCAGGCCUUGCUACAAGCAUAUGAUGCUACUGUACAAAAGAAAAGGCCCUUGUUGGCAAUUCAUGCCCUUGUGGCUGGAGCUUUGCGCUCCAUUUUCAUAUUUCUACCUUUCUUUGCUUUCCAAGCAUAUGGAUAUUUGAACAUAUGUGUACAUGGGAGCUCAGACGAAUUGAGGCCAUGGUGCAAAGCAAAAGUUCCCUUAUUGUAUGGCUUCAUCCAAAGCCACUACUGGGGAGUUGGUUUCUUGAGGUACUUCCAAGUGAAGCAGCUGCCGAACUUUCUCUUGGCUUCACCAGUGCUUUCUCUCGCGGUUUAUUCUAUUGUCCAUUACGCAAAACUGCUUCACCGGUGUUUUCAAAGAACUAGCGUCCACAAGCAGAUUAUCACUGCUCUAGAGAAAAGGCCAGUUGUGUCGUAUAGAAGAUCUGAUGACGCGACAAUUUUGAGUGAACCUCCUGCUGGACUCACCAAGAAAGCACAAGGGAGCUCUAAGGCUAAACAGAGAAAACCAGUUGCUACCGAGAUAGCUCCUGCGACAUUCCAUGACAGUACCACGCCAGCUAACCAAAACAUCGAAGAGGAUCAGGACACGUGCUCCAUACUACUACUCCCAUUCGUUCUGCAUCUGGCCUUCAUGGCAUUCACAGCCUUGUUCGUGAUGCACGUCCAGGUGUCCACACGGUUCCUAUCCGCUAGCCCCCCGGUUUACUGGGCUGCCGCGCACGUUCUGGCUUCUCCGAGCCGCGCCAACAGACGAUGGGGCUACCUGAUCUGUGUCUAUUUCAUCGCGUACAUUCUUCUAGGUAGCCUGCUCUUCUCCAACUUCUACCCUUUCACGUAACGUAAGAACGGCGGAGUGGGGGGUGUCCCCGGAUGCGUUAUCCAGUAGCGAGCACUGCCGCAGUGGAUUAUUGCUCAUCUGUUUAUCAGGUGGAUUUUCUCGACCAGCUUUGCCUGAAGGUUUCCCUAGGUUUGCUAGGUGCUUCCUUUGGUUCAGUAAUUGAGCGUUGGCUACUCGAAUCGCUUGGAAUCUGGUGGGCUGAUUGUAUCCUUACGUAUGUACGUAUACAUAUAUUUUUUUUUCCUUUCAUUUGGUUAUGAUGUGGCCACGAGCUUAAUUACAUAUGUAUCCUUAGAAUCAGAAGUUGGAGAGCAGAAGACAUAAUAACAUCAGUCCCAACUCGGAAGCAGCAAAGCGAGGUAGAUAUCACAAA